AUGAGUGAAGAAGAGUCUAGAAGAGCAAAGCGCAUUGUCGUUUCUGAUGACGAGGAGGAGGAUGCACCAGUGCAAACUGAAAACAACAGUGAAGAAAACCCACAACAAGAUAACCAAGAUGAACAAGUAAUUAAACAAGAUGAAGAAAAUCAAGAAGCUGAAGGAAUGGAUGACUUAUUUGGUGAUGAUGAUGAUGAACAAGAUCAAGAAGAUAACAACAACACAAGAGUGGAGAAUGAUGAUCAAGAAAAUAAUAGUGAUAAUGAUGAUGUUCAAAGAUAUUCAGAUCAAGAAGGUUUAGAAUUCGCUGUGGAACAAGAAAAACCAACAAAAGAACCAACUGUGAUAGGUCUUGAUGUGGUACGUCAUCCACCAGGCUUCCAACAUGAAGAUGAAAAAUUAUAUUAUACCAAAAUUCCAAAUUUCUUACAAGUUGAUCCAACAAGAUUUGAUGGUAAAGCUUAUUUAGAAGAAUUAGUGGAAAAUUCAGAAUCUUUAAGUAAAGAUGAUAUUGAAUUAAAUAGACUUAAAGCUGAAAAUACUAUAAGAUGGAGAUAUGCUAAAGAUUCCAAUGGUGAAUUGAUACAUGAAUCUAAUGCACAAGUGAUUGAAUGGUCUGAUGGUUCAUUAUCAUUAAAAUUAGGUGAUGAAUAUUUUGAUAUUUAUAAGACCCCAUUAACUGAUACAUUCUUAACAACUUUUAACGAAGAAAGUGGAUUAUUAGGAACAGAUGGUGUUUUCACAGAUUCUCUAAAACUUGUCCCAACAUCAACAAAUUCUAAAAUACAUAAGAAAUUAACAAAUGCAGUACAAGCUACACAAUUCAAACCUUCAGCACAAAGUGUCUUCAUUGAUAAAGAUCCAGAUCAAGAAGCUAGAAGAUUAGAAAAACAACAAGAACAAUUAAUUAGAGAAAGAAGAAGAAAAGAAUUAAAAGAACAAAAAGAAAAAGAAAAAUAUGAUACUGAUUUACCAAGAGCUUCAUCAAGAGUUACAAGAGAAUCAUAUUACGCACAACCUAAAACUAAAGAUGAAUAUGAAGAAGAUGAUUUCAUGGUUGAAGAUGAUGAAGAUCUAGAUGAAGACGAUGAUGAUGAAGAAGAUGAUUUAGCUGCAGCUGAAAGAUUAAGAAGAGUUAAAAACGAAGGUGCUGCCAAAUAUCAAGAUGAAGAUGAAGAUGACCAAGAGGUUGAAGAAGAUGAUGAAGAUUCAAAGAGUCGUAAGAAACGUAGAGUGAUAGAAGAUUCAGAUGAUGAUGAAUAA